AUGGCCUCCGCUUCCUUCCGCGACUCGAUGAACUCGCUCGGCUGGAGCAGGAGAGAGGCAGACGCGCCCAUCAAUACCGCGCCGCCCUCCUUCCUGGGCCGCAUCCAGAACCUGAAUCCCUUCGGCGAGGGAGGCUAUGUUCGACUACCCAUCACAGAGGGCAACCCUGGCGCCCCUCUCCCAGCGCCUACCCGCAGAGAGGAGGAAGAGGGGUGGUUUGCGCUGAGUCGGUGGGACCGAUUGCUCGUGUUUGGUGGGCUGCUCAUUGCUGCCUUGGCAAUGUUUGCUACCUGUGUUGGCCUGAUGUUCACGCCUGUCUUUCUGCUCAGGCCGCGCAAGUUUGCCAUUUUAUGGUCCAUGGGAAGCGUUCUCUUUUUGGCAGCUUGGGGUGUCCUCAUGGGCCCUAUGCAAUACGUUCAGCACCUCAUCUCUGGUCCGAGGCUUCCGUUCACUGCUGCUUACUUCGGCAGCAUCGCUCUCACACUCUUCUUCUCUCUAGGUCUCCACAGCACCAUCUUGACCUUCGUUGCGGCUAUCGCCCAACUAGUAUGUCUAUUAUGGUACAUCGUCUCGUAUUUCCCAAUGGGCUCCACGGGCCUGCGGUUUGCAGGACGCUUUGGCGCGAACCGUGUGACAGCUUGGAUGAACGACUGA